AUGGAUAGUUUGAAACUAAUGGCUUCCACUCGAAAUCACUUAGAUCAGAUGCUAAAAACUGUAGAAACGUUUUCAAAUGAAAACAACACCCAACACUUUGGGUUAGACAAAUGUCGUGUAUUAAAUAUAGUCAAGGGAAAGGUUCAGCCCGGGGGAUUCGAUAUGCAAAAUGGCCAAAACAUCGAGGCUAUGGGCGAAAAUGACAUGUAUAAAUAUCUGGGAGUAAAGCAAGUGCGGAAAAUUGACCAUAAACAAAUGAAAAUCGAAUUAACAUCAAAAGUAUACCUAUUAUUCUUUUUACCACUAGAGUCAUUCCGAAGAACCUCCUAGAAAACAUAAAAAAGCUGGGUCUAAAUGA